AUGCACGACGGGCUCCAAUGGAGCGCCCGCUGCGUACAGUACAGCAGCAUUUCCACCACACAGGCCAACUCCACGAACGCUAUGUACCGCCCUCGAGAUGGCGCGAGUUGGCUCACCCAACUUGGCUCCGGGUGCGAGGAUGGGAGAGGUGGCACUAAGGAUGAAGCAGGCGGCGGCGCGAAGGAGGAAGAGGAAACGGCUCAGGAGGCGAAAUCAAGCAAGUUGCAAUGCAAAAUUUCGUUGCCAGCCCAGCUUGGCAAGCAUGGCACGCUGCUCUCGGCAGCUGCGCAGCUCGGUCAGCUCGUGGAGCAAGAGACCGCAGGCCAGCAACGAUAG